AUGGAGACGCGGGGACUCUCGAUGGAUGACGCAAUUUUCUGCGGAUGUGCGGGCGCAUUUGUGCUUGUGAAUUUGAUCGUCUACUGCCACGAAGCCCCGGUUCUUUGCAGGACUUGGUAUGGCAAGGCGAAAAGUCUAAGGUGGAGGGACUGGUAUCCCACCAUCAGCCGGAAUGAUCAGAUCAGGGAGGCCUUUCUUUACAGAGAGACUUGUGCCAGAAAGGUCGUUUGGGCACGGCGCUUCAUGUCAUAUUUCCUUCCUAUUCCUGCUUGUGGUCUCGUGCCGGUUUUGUACAACAUCUGGGCAGGGAAUGAGAGAUGGAUGUCUUUAGCAUUUAGUUGGUCGCUUCUUCUGACUUACGUUUCCUUGCUGACGGUUCACCUGAUGCCAUCAUUGGUCACGGCCUCCGUGUUGGACUUCAUUUGCUUGGUCGCACAUGGCUUGAUGGCUUUUUGGCUAUCUCCACUGGGAAGCCCCAACUUUGAUGAUGUCUUCAUCUUGCAGUUGGUGUGCUUCAUGAUGGUGCAGACAGUUGCCGUCUCCAUUGCCGCACAUUACACUGGAGUCCUCCUUAGCCAAGGCUUAGUCGUUGGAGUGGUCGUGUGGCGCAUGUUCGCUGAGACAGACUUUGCAGCGGGCCCCGACACUGUUGCGAACCCGCGGACCUUAGUUCUCUGCAAUAUUUUCUGCACAGGUGCGGUGGUCGCAAUCCACAAUGUUGCGAACCGACUCAUCCGCCACACUGUGGAGACGGCAAUGAGGGCAAGCGAUAGCAAUCGUCAUCUCAGUGCAGCAUCCGCAUUGCUAGAGCUCACAUGCGAUGCUGUCUGCGAGCUUGACAGCGAUUUGAAGCUCCAGUUGCACUCGCAGAAGUUAGCAACCAUGCUCUUGCGGCGGUCUGGGGUGAGUUUGGAGGGGCGGAAACUGACGGAUUUCAUUGCCCCAGGUGAGGCUGAACGUGCCCAAGAAAUUCUGAUGUCUCAAAGCGAUCGUGCAGCCCAUGUCUUUCAUACCCACUUGGUUGAUAGCUACUCCAGUAAGUUCCGCACCGAAGUCUUCCAGGUGAAGUAUGCCAUGAUGGAUGGCCGGGAGUGCCACCUCCUUGGCCUUCGGGAUUUUACCGAUUUGAAAUCCUUGGCAGGUGAAAAUGCCACAGAUGCAAUUCAAGAUGAGUCUGAAUUGGUUGCGGCCUCUGCUGAGUCUCAUGGAAGGGGAGUCCAUGUCUUAGAUGUCCCAGAACGCAGCUGUGAGCUGCCACCAGGUCUGGACUAUUGGGACAAUUCCAGCGAGUCAGACCGAAGCAAUGCUACACUUGAGCGGAAUGAACGUGAAAACGGAAUUGUAGAGAAGAGAUUGAACCAGAGUUUUGCAUCAGACUUCACUCGCGAGCUUCUCCAUCGCUUGCGUGAAGAUGCAAUCCAAUUCAACGCCCAGCGAAAAUAUCAAGAUUUUCAAGUACCGGACCAGGUGGCUACAUUUAAAGCAACGCCGAUCUAUGUGGAUCGGUCCAUCACCAUGGCAUCCGGUGUUAUGAAAGUUUCUCUCACACGCUACGGCGGCCUCAAAGUCAUCAUGUGCAUCACCCAUUCUGAAGUGCAAAAUACGAUGACAAAUGCAUUGCACAGCUUCACAUCGAAGUCACCUGAAGGGACAGGCAUGAGCCCUUUGAUGAAGAACUUGGAUCAAAGAGCUGAGGUCAUGAUAUCUCUACACCUUCUCCCCAUUGAGACGGCUAGCCCUGUGCAUGCUGAAGGUGCUGAAAUGCAGUCAUCUCCUUGGUCGAUUUCGCAUGAAAUCUCCCGUCUCAGUCGUCCACCUUGGGAUGGGACCAUGACUGAUGGGCCACCCGAGGGCAAGAUGCAGGCUUCCGGUUCACAGCCCGGAUACUCUUGUUGCCACAAGUGCCUCUUCUCCUGCUGCAGCAUCUUGUUCCUCCUCUCUCUGCUUGAGCUUGUGCUCGCGAGCCUUGUUGGCCUGGCUUUGGCCAUUGUUCUGUCGUUGCUGCUGCUUCUAAUCACGGCGCUUUACCUAGUCUUGCUGAGAAAGGCCAACGAGGGGAAUGCACCGCGAUGUAGAUUGUGGUUCCGGCUUUUAGUUGGAAUUUUGGCGGCGCCGCUGGCCCUGCUUUGUAUCUUAGCGCUUGGGAUCCACUUGCAGACUUUCUUCAAUGCUGCAGGGUGGGAGCGCUUUCCAGAGAACUGCCCAGUGAGAGGCUGCUGCCGCUGGAGUCUCAGGAAGGCAUCCUGUCGCGAGGAUCAGGCACUGCCGUUGCUGAUCGCCAACGUCACCGUGGAAGAGGUGCUGGAGGAGAUCCAAACGUGGGUGGAGAGCAACCUCUAUUGGCCUGAGCAUUGCAUCUGGGUCCAACCCCAAGCCGAAGAGUUUUCGCUCCAACAUGGUUCUGCUAUCAUCGAAGGACGCGCUUUUCUGCGUGCCAGCUGCAGCACCUCCACCUGGAAGUUCGUGGAUGACAUCGCUUGGCGGCUCUCUGAUGUGACCUGCGGGCUUUCGCCAGGAGUUCUAGUAGAAGUUCACUCGCAACAACGAGCUGGAAUUGAUGAUGGCGGCCUCCAUCUUAGCGCCCCACCUGGUCAACAAAACCCAGCUCUGCAGGUUGACUUGGGGCAGGUGAACAACGUCCGAGCUGCGAGCUAUCGAGGCAUGAGCUACUUGAACGAGACCUUCCCAGUGAUGCCCUUUGACGACCCCGCAAAGACAGAGUCGGAGAAUGUACAGCACUGUAACAAAUGCUUGCGCUGGCCUUUGCUGGUCUCCGAGGCCAAACUUUAUUUUCGAUAUGGUGCCAUGAUGUCCGCGAAGACCAUGAACCUCCUGGCCAUAGCUCACGCCUAUGAAAUGCUGCUUGCCUUCAACCUCAGGGUGUUUGUUAUGCUUGGCAUUUGCUCACAAUCUGGCACAUAUGUUCAGCUGUCAACUGAGGCAAUCAAAGAAGGCGCGGACUCCAAGCUGCAGUGCCGCAGUGCGGCAUUUAAAAAAUCCUGCCAGGUUUUGGUGAUGAAGCCAAAGCUGGACACCCGUUUCGGAUCAUCUUGCGUGCAGAGCCGCUGUGGCCUGAAGCGCGAGGCUGAUGUAUUAAUCACUCCUGAGACAGAGUUCCCCACCGAAAUGCUCAUCGGAGUCAGCUGUAUCCUGGUGGAUGAGGCGCAGUUCCUGUCGCCACGAGUCAUUGAGAGGUUGAGGAACGUUUCCGCCAUGCAAGGAGUGCCAGUGAUGUGCUUUGGCCUUCGCACCGAUUUCCGCUCGCAAUUGUUUGAGGGUUCCAAACGCCUCAUGGAGCUGGCGGAUUCCAUUGAGGAGGUGAAAACCACAUGCGCCUGCUGCAGCAAGAAAGGCACUAUGAACUUGCGCAGUGUCAAUGGAAAGGCUUCUUUGGAAGGGCCCACUGUUUGCCUUGGUGCGGAGGAGAUGUAUGCGCCUGUGUGCUAUCAGCAUUUCUGUGAGAAGAUCGUGGAAGCCACUGGGGGCCCCAUUGACUUUGCCGCUGCAUGGGUUGCAGGGGACAAGGCCGACGCCGUAGACGCCGUAGAAUCCGAGAAAGGUGGAGCAGUGGAGGAGCCGGAGUUCGAACGCUCCCCCGACAAGUGGGCAACGUUGAUUGCUCAUUUGAGCAACCUCCAGCCAACAAAUGGUCGCUCCAGCGUGGAAAGAGUGGCUGCAGCUACCCUAGCGCUGAGCAGUGCAUAUGGGGCCAGAUCAGUGUUGUCCUUCACGGGCGUCCAAGCGGUUCACUUUCCUGUGUCAAGAGGACGACCCGCAAAGCUGGCGGAGGUGCAGCUGGCCAGGCGUCCUCCCUUUCCGCCUUUGCGCAACGCAAAGGUGAGAUGUUGGGACUUGGCCAUGGUGGCACUAGCAGCGCGAAUUGCUCGUUUGGCUGCCACCCAGGAGGCCCAGGAGACCAAAGAGGACGAAGAAGUUCCUGAGGAUGAAGCACUAGAAACCAUAAAGGACGAUGAGGAGGUAUCCAUGCCUGUCUUAGAGCUAGACCCUGAGCGAGCGAAAGGCAUUGCGAAAGUGGUCAAAGAAGCCAAAAAGCAACAGCUCAGGGCCUUGGAUCUGCUCCGAGAGCAGCAACUCAUUACCGAUGAGGCCAGCACUCUUCAGGCCCUGCGUGCCUUGCGGCUUGCGGGACUACAUGAAGAGGUUUUCACACUUUUCGCGGAGGUGAACAGCCUCACGCUCUUGCCAGAAGCUUGUGCUGAGCAGAUGGCUUCUUUGGAGGCUGAAGGUUCCAUCUCCGAACUCUUCCAGCAGAUGGAUGAGAUGAGGACGCGUGAGAUCAGACCGAACAUCUCCUGCUACAACAGGCUAAUGAGACUUCAUGCAAGGAACAGGUCGACGACCGCUGCAUUGAAGCUCUUGGCUGAAAUGCGGGAGAAUUCGGUGAAACCAGAUGUGCACACAUAUGAUUUUGCACUUGGUUCCUGCAACAGCCGAAAGAAGUGGGAGAAUAUCAUCACCUUGUUCGAUUCGAUGCAGGCAGAUGGUGUUAAGCCAAACUCAUCGUGCUACCGAACGAUCAUGCAUGGCCUAUCAUAUUCUGAAGAGCACUACGAACGGUGCUAUGAUUUAUACAUCGAAAUGAGGGAGAACGGCAUAACUCCGGAGGAGUCUCACCUCGUGGAGUUGACACGUGCCCUCUUUGGUGCAGAAGGUCAAGAGAGAGACGAAACUAAGGGCAUGGACAUUUUCCAGACCCUGGUGGAGGAUACCUCGGUGAACUUCACGGAAGUGCACUUUGACAUGGCCAUCAGCAUCUGUGAGAAGGCCGGUCAGUGGCGGGAGAUCCUGGCCCUGGCCACCGCCAUGGGAGGUCGUGGCAUCACCCCGCAUUCCAUGACCUGCAAUGCGGUGCUGAAGGCUUGUGUUCAGCUGGGCAAGUGGGACGUUGCAUUGAAACUCCUUGGAACCAUGGAGCGGGAUGGAACCCAGCUGGAUCGCAUUGCCUACCUUACAGUUCUGGCUGCAUGCGCAGGGGCGAGACAGUGGGACGAGGUGCUGAAAUUGUAUGCGGAGAUCGAAGAACGAUUCCCGGAGUUCAUCGGCCCGGACAUGAUGCUGCCUACCAUUGCGGCCAUGUGCCAGGUCGGUAGAGAGGAGGAGGCUAUCGCUUUGUACCGGAAGAGCUUCGGCUCACUCUUGGCCCGGCAGCAGUCCAGGCGCCGAGGCAAUGAUCCCAUCGUCUUGGACGCGCGGCGACUGUCCCCACAGGUGGCAGGUAUCAUGAUGCGCUGCGCCCUAGAAGAUUCUGCAAAAAGUGCAGAUGCGACGGCAGCAAGGGCUGCAAAGCCUAUGGCCCUGGCUGGCUUCACCCCCACUGGGCUCAAGGAUAUUGUCAUUGCAGUGAACGCGGCAGACUUGGAAGACGAUGCGGUGCCCGUGCCGAACUCCACGGCCGACGCAUUGCUCAAGGUCGCCCAAGAGAUCCUGGGCACGGAUGCCCCGCUGGAGUGUCAGCAAACUCCGUUCCCAUCCGUGAAGGUGCCGGGGUUGAGCUUGCAAUCCAUGCUGGUGCAACAGGUCCAGCAGGCACUGAGUAAGUUGAGCUCUAUUCUUGGACAAUCACUUUUGAGUCAGCAUUUUUUUGAAAGAAAAGGCACUGACAGAGCGAUGUUGAACUUGGGGAUUUGA